UCUUUUGGAUUUGGUACUUUGGCUUCGUGUCAGAUUUAUGUACUUAUAAGAACAAAGCUAAAACAAUAAAUCAUGAGGCUUAGAAUGCAUUCCUUCUUAUUGAAUACUUUUUAAUUAUGUUUUGGAAAUAUUUCAAGUCUACUGUGAACCGAAUUACCAGGGAUUUGGGACAGACAUGAUAGUGAGAUCUCCUUUGAGGAAAUGGAUCAUACUCAACUACAGAUUCAUACCUUUAUCUGUUUAAAAUUGAAAAUAGCUUCUCUGUUAUUCUCUAGCCUGGUAUUUGCUUUUUUUAAAAAUUAUUUUUAUCCCCUGUUUAAAAAAUUUGCAGCACUUCUAAAAAUGAAAGUGAAAACGCCACAAACGUGCUUGGGCUCCAAAUCAACGUUAACAUACAAAGAGAAUUCCGGCCACUUUUGGUUUGGAAUCGAGUGCAAAAUUAAACAACCUACACCUUGAUUUCAUAUCAUGAAUGUGUGAUAAAAAAAUUUUUUUUGAAACUUCUGUUGGCAAAAUUUACAUUCCAUUAUGAUUCAGAAUUGCAUUGUAGAGAUAGUGUGCUUAGAAAUGGGGAUUUGAGAAGCAUCACAUCUGUAGUUUCCUUGAAAAACUAUAAAAUAAUCACAAUUUGCUGCUGGAGCAUUUGUCAAUUAUUAAAACUGAGUACAGUGGGAGAGAGAGGCAGAUAGUUUCUGAAGAUAAACUAUGUGAAAGGUGGUUGGCUAAGUCGUGGAGAUAGAAAACUGGAGAAGACAUAGAGUGCUUUAAAAAGAGCCACCUAUAAGUAAACAGGGCAGUGUGCCAAGCACACUGUGUUACAGUCUUCUAUAAGUCGUGAUGCACACUGAGUAGUGAUAGGCUUCACCUGAGGGGACCUAGAAGGUGCAACCCAGGAGGCAAUAAUUGAUUUAUAUUUUGAACCUCAAGGGUGACAGUGACAUGUAAAAGGAGAAGGAACUGCUUCUCAGACAGAAGGGAAUCCAGGUGCAAAGGUAUGGAAGUGGAGGGAAAGCCUAGUGGGUUCUCAGAACUGAAUGUUAUGUUGGGCUUCUAAAAGAGGUGUAGUAGAAGGAGGAAGCAACAUCAGCGGAAAUGGUAAGUGAACACAUCCUCUCGCCUUGUGGGAGCACAUUAGCAACAGAAGCUGAAAGAGCAGUUGUCGUCCUUUGGAAAUACCCAGGAAGAGAAGCCGACAGACUAUGGGCAGCACGGAACAAACAACUGAGAUCCUGUUGUGCCUAUCACCUGCUGAAGCUGACAAUCUCAAGGAAGGAAUUAAUUUUUUGCAAAAUAAGUGCACUGGCAAAAGCUACAUCUUAUACAAGAAUAAAAGCCGCCUGAAGGCAUGCAAGAAUCUGUGCAAGCAUCAAGGAGGCCUGUUCAUAAAAGACAUGGAAGACUUAGAUGGAAGGUCUGUUAGAUGCACAAAGCACAAUUGGAAGUUAGAUGUGAGCACCAUGAAAUACAUCAAUCCUCCAGGAAGCUUCUGCCAAGAUGAGCUGGUUGUUGAAAUGGAUGGAAAAAAUGGAUUUUCACUCCUAGAACUGAGUCCUCCUAACCCCUGGGAUUCAGAUCCCAGAACUCCUGAAGAUUUGGCUUUUGGAGAAGUGCAGAUAACAUAUCUCACUCAUGCCUGCAUGGACCUCAAACUGGGAGAUACGAGGAUGGUGUUUGACCCUUGGUUAAUUGGUCCUGCUUUUGCCCGAGGAUGGUGGUUGCUCCAUGAGCCUCCCUCUGAUUGGCUGGAGAGGCUGUGCCAAGCUGAUCUAAUUUAUAUCAGUCACAUGCAUUCAGACCACCUGAGUUACCCCACACUGAAAAAGCUUGCUAAGAGAAGACCAGAUAUUCCCAUUUAUGUUGGAAACACAGAAAGACCUGUAUUUUGGAAUCUGAAUCAGAGUGGUGUCCAGUUGACGAAUAUCAAUGUUGUACCAUUUGGAGUAUGGCAGCAGGUAGACAAGAAUCUUCGAUUCAUGAUCUUGAUGGAUGGUGUUCAUCCAGAGAUGGAUACUUGCAUUAUUGUGGAGUACAAAGGCCAUAGAAUACUCAAUACAGUGGACUGCACCAGACCCAAUGGGGGAAGGCUGCCUAAGAAAGCUGCUUUCAUGAUGAGUGAUUUUGCUGGAGGAGCAUCUGGUUUUCCAAUGACUUUCAGUGGCGGAAAGUUUACAGAGGAAUGGAAAGCCCAAUUUAUCAAAACAGAAAGGAAGAAGCUCCUCAACUACAAGGCACGGCUGGUGAAGGACCUGCAACCCCGAAUUUAUUGUCCCUUUGCUGGGUAUUUCGUGGAAUCUCACCCAUCGGACAAAACUGUGUUCUUAUUUCUCAGGUAUAUUAAGGAAACAAACAUCAAAAAUGACCCAAAUGAACUCAACAACCUUAUCAAGAAAAACUGUGAUGUGGUAACAUGGACCCCACGACCAGGAGCCACCCUUGAUCUGGGUAGGAUGCUAAAGGACCCAACAGACAGCAAGGGCAUCACAGAGCCUCCAGAAGGAACUAAAAUUUACAAGGAUUCCUGGGACUUUGGACCGUACUUAAAAAUCUUGAAUGCUGCCAUAGGAGAUGAAAUAUUUCUUCACUCAUCCUGGAUAAAAGAAUACUUCACUUGGGCUGGAUUUAAGGAUUAUAACCUUGUGGUCAGGAUGAUUGAGACAGAUGAGGACUUCAACCCUUAUCCUGGAGGAUAUGACUAUUUGGUUGACUUUCUAGAUUUAUCCUUUCCAAAGAAAAGACCAAGCCGGGAACAUCCCUAUGAAGAAAUCCGGAGCCGGGUCGAUGUCAUCAGACAUGUAGUAAAGAACGGUUUACUCUGGGACGACUUGUAUAUAGGGUUCCAGACCCGACUCCAGCGGGAUCCUGACAUAUACCAUCAUCUGUUUUGGAACCAUUUUCAAAUAAAACUCCCCCUCACGCCACCCAACUGGAGGUCCUUCCUGAUGCACUGCAGGUAGAGCAGACCUGGGAUCUCACAGGGAUGCCAAGCAACAUGAGAUCGAAGAAUUUACUGAUGUUACAUCUUGAACGCAAGAAGCUUAUACCAAAGGAGACUAUGAUUUACUGAUAUCAAUUAAUAAUCACAUGUUUAUGUCUUAGUUCACUAGUGC